AUUCUGCUGAGAUUACAGUUAAAAUUUAGAGCGUGGAAGUUAACAAUUUCUAUGCGUUUUUGUAUCAAAUGGUGAGCAAAGUUGCGUUACACAGUGUCUUAAAAUGCACAGUAUGUUUGGAAUCAGGGCGUAGCUCAAGAACAGUAUGUGCCGAAAUUAAUUUAACUCGUAUUUAUUGAAAAAAUAUGGCAUAAAAGCGUUUUCAGCUAUUUUGCAUUGAGCUUUAUUGCACACAUAAUUAUUGUCUAACAGGUAUAUUUUAACUAUUUUAAAUUAAAUGGCUAUCAAAGUUUCUUCAGGGUCAUUAUCGAUUGUGACUGUUGGUGAAACAGCUUUGUCACAUAGUACUUGUUACUUUUCUCAGCGCCAGACCAAUCAUAGUCGUUUGUGAUUACUAGGUUAUUAUAAAAAAAAAAAAAAAAACAAUUUAUGAAGAUAUUCUAAAUGAUUAUAUAUUUAAUAAUUAUUUAUAAAACAUGUAAUUAAAAUUGUUAUUAAAAAUACAAUUAUUAGUAAUAAUACUUAUUGGAUUUAUUAGUAUUAGACAAAAGCCUCAUGUGAGACGAAAAAAAAAAAAAAAAUCCUACAAUUGUAAUCUGAACGCGCCGUCAAAGAAUCGGCGUAACAACUGCGCAUAAUUGACGCUCUCGAGAACGACCCGCUCAUUAACAUCAACGUACUGCGCGUCUCUCCCUUCAUUGGCUUUGGGCUCGAGAUGGAUUUGACGUACCAAAACAGCAGAAGCUAAAGCGGAUAGCCAAACAAGCAGCACAAUAUUUUUACUACACCUUAAAGCAAUCAUUCAUGAAGCGUCGGAAGCGGGUCGUCGCAUGGGUAUCGAUACCGUGGAGUAAUAUUCACUCCUUUAUCCAUUACCAGUUGUUGUUGAACUUAUAGAGACUAUUAAGCGUUGUGCAGUAAAAUAAUAAUAAUCAAACGCCACGGAAAGAAGAUAAACACAAGGAAAGCGCUCGCUCGCCUUUUUUCACCCAUGCAUGUCUCAGCAUUAGAGGUUUAAACACAAUGUCCUGCUCUGGCAACCUCAUUUGGGAUGUGAGAAAACGCACCAUCGGAUGCGCAGAUCCAAACGGGGUCAGGGCAAAAUUUUUAGGCAGAAAAGAGUUUGUGCAGCGACUGAAGCUCGAAGCCACUCUCAGUGUGCACGAUGGAUGUGUUAACACAAUAUCCUGGAAUGACACAGGGGAAUACAUCUUAUCAGGUUCAGAUGACACUAACUUGGUUAUCACAAAUCCUUACAACAGAAAGAUCAAGACAACAAUUCGUUCAGGACACCGGGCCAACAUCUUCAGCGCAAAGUUCAUGCCCCACACUAACGAUCAACAGAUUGUGUCCUGCUCAGGAGAUGGCAUCAUUUUCUACACACACACAGAGAAGAGCCAAGAAAUCAACAGACAGUGCCAGUUCACCUGCCACUAUGGCACUGCUUAUGAGAUAAUGACGGUGCCAAAUGACCCCUACACCUUCUUGUCCUGUGGAGAAGAUGGUACAGUGAGGUGGUUCGACUUGCGCAUGAAGACUAGCUGCACAAAGGAGGACUGUAAAGAUGACAUUUUGAUUAAUUGUCGGAGAGCUGCUACCUCAAUAUCCAUUUGUCCUCUGGUCCCCUACUAUCUUGCUGUGGGAUGUUCUGACAGCUCAGUGAGGAUCUAUGACCGACGAAUGCUUGGAACAAGAGCUACGGGUAACUACAUGGGCAGAGGGACGACAGGCAUGUGUGUACGUUUCGUCCCAGCCCACCUGUCCACCAAAUCCUGCCGUGUCACUUCGCUGUGUUACAGUGAAGAUGGACAGGAAGUGCUGGUCAGUUACUCAUCUGACUACAUCUACCUGUUUGACCCCAGAGAUGACCAGGCCAGGGAGCUCAAGGGACCUUCUGAAGAGCGGAGAGAGGAGCUGAGGCAGCCCCCAGUAAAACGCUUACGUCUGAGGGGGGACUGGUCGGACACAGGACCUCGUGCUCGACCCGAGAGCGAGAGGGAACGUGACGGAGAGCAGAGUCCAAACGUGUCGCUCAUGCAGAGGAUGUCAGACAUGCUGUCACGCUGGUUCGAGGAGGCCAGCGAAGCACAGAGCAGCAGAGCUCGCCCACAAACUCGACCCAGAGGUACAGCGGUUCGACCUGAAGGACCUUUUGUGACCCCAGAGACACGAAUUCAGGCUCAGGAGCCCACUGAGGGGUCAGCUGAAGGAACGAUGGAAGUGGCGACACCCGCAGCUGAUCCUCCCUCUGCUCCUGCUGCAUCUGCAGAGCCUCUCCCCAAAUCUAUUUCCUCCUCCUCUUCCUCCACUGUGACAGCUCCCCCCCCCUCCAGCUCCUCCUCCAUGGGGAGUGCUGCUUCCUCCUCUCUCCUCUCCUCCCCGGAAAUAGAGCAGAAGAGCCAGGAUGAGGUUACACCCACUCCAUCAGCCACAGCAACUCCUUCAGCCACACCCACUCCACCAAGAGAGGCAGCUUUAUCUGAAUAUAAUCCUCGCAGGCUGCCGGUAAGUUUAGUGUGUAGACGUUUGCAGAGACUGCUUCUCUUGUCCAACCCCCCGGGACAGGGCCGACGCACAAUCCCCUCUGUAUCCGUGACCUCCGGCCCAGAGAGUUUAGCCUCAAUACAGGCUACUACUGCUGACACUGGUCCCCCUGCAGAUUCUCCCUCUUCUGUGGUAAACAAACAGCUCGGAUCCAUGACUCUGGAUGAGGAGCAGGGAGGUGCAGAAGCAAUAGGAAGUAUAAUCAGUGAUCAGAGUGCAGGUGUCAGUAAAGCUUCCCCAGAGAAAACAGAAAGCAUGCCAUCCACAUCAGCGCCUUCUCUUGUCACCAGCCCUGGCAACAGCAGUGGGAGUGGCAGUACUCCUUCAGGGCCUGGGCGAUCCUGCACGGCAGAACCAGUCCUUAGUCUGCACUACAGCACUGAGGGCACCACCACCAGCACCAUUAAACUAGACUUCACGGAUGAGUGGAACAGUCCAGCGUCCAGCUCCAAGGGUAGCAGUGGGGGACGUAAGCCUGUGGAAGUUGUUGAGAGCCAGACCAGAGUGGAGCCCAGAGGAGAAAGCUUAGAGCAGGCAGCUUCAAGUCCAGCCUCAAAGAGUCAGCCCGCACCCGAGGGGGGCGUAUCUGCAGACAGUGGCACAGAAAAAGCCUCCGUCAGCUCUCAGGACAGCACGCCACUGCAGGGCCCAGCAGAGGUUUUGUCUUCUGAAGACACCCUUAGUCCCUUAGUGGGGCUCCAGGCUGCAGGCUCAGAGGAGCUGAGCGUGCGGUGCAGGAGGAGCGACACCCUGGGAGAGGGCAGUCAGGGUCCUGCUCAAACCUCUCGCAAUAAUCACGACUCAGAAGACAGCGAUGAUGACCCCAUCCUUAUCCCUUCAGCCAGGUAUAGAGGAGGGCAGGGACAGAGAUUUAAUUUCAGAGGAUCAGCUGUAGGUGAUAGGAUGAUCAGACGCUCUGCUGCGGCCCGCAUCCAGGAGUUGUUUCGCAGGAGAAAAGAGAGGCGGGAGAUGGAAGAGAGCGAGACCCAGAACAUCAGGAGACCCUCAGUUAAGAUGAUGUACAAGGGCCACCGCAACUCCAGGACUAUGAUUAAGGAGUCGUGUUUCUGGGGUAAUAACUUUGUGAUGAGCGGCUCGGACUGUGGCCAUAUCUUCAUCUGGGAUAGACACACGGGAGAGCACCUGAUGCUGCUGGAGGCAGACAACCAUGUGGUCAACUGCCUGCAGCCUCACCCUUAUGACCCCAUUCUUGCUUCAUCUGGAAUUGACUAUGACAUCAAGCUGUGGUCGCCUUUAGAGCAGUCACCAUCAUUUAACAAAGGACUCGCUGAAGAGGUGAUUGCUCGUAAUGAGUUAAUGCUGGAAGAGACGAGGAACACCAUCACCGUCCCUGCUUCUUUCAUGCUUAGAAUGCUGGCAUCACUAAAUCACAUCAGAACAGACCAUGUGGAGGGUGACCGUUCGGAAGGCUCUGGACAAGAGAACGAGGAUGAACAGUAGCUCUCCCGCUCAGAACAAUGUGUUUUUGCUACAGUGCACUUGAGCAUUUGAGAUUUGUACAAGUUACAAAAUAGAAUAUUUCCUUAGUUUUUGGCAUUGUUAUUUUUUAAUAAGACUUUCUUACUGAUUACUCUAUAUAAGGGUAAAUUGCUCAUGCAAACAAGUUGAUAUCUAAGAAAUUAGAAGACCAGUCUAAAUGGCUGGUGCUUUAGACUAUUUAAGUGCAAUAUUCGUUUUGUGAAAAGCAAAUGGUUGAGCUUUGAAUGGUGUUAUUAUGUGUGAAAUCUUAUUGUAGCCUCAAAAGAAAAACUCAGAUUGUUUGUUUACCAGGAAUUAUGCAUGUCAAACAUGAGUUUGCUGAAAACACGUUCACUUAACUAUGUUGUGUAAAAAAAAGAAAAGAAAAAAAGAAAAAAAGGCUCUUUGUCAUUACUAAAUCUUAUGUUGCACAAGGAUUCUCUGCCUAAGUAGCCUACUACAUGCAAUAUUUCAUUAUCCAAAAAAAGGCAUUAAAUAUUGUUGUACUGCAGAAUGUUUAUAAAAGAUUAUUAAAAUGAGAAUGGUUUUGGCUCUGAUCAGUCAAUGCAUACAAACCUACAGCGAUCUAGCCAAAUGAUUCAAGCAUUAGUUGGCAGGUCGUGUUUCUCACUCCUAUCAGCACAGAUGGCCUUUGUUUUGGCAGCUGUUGGCUUGAGCGUUUUGCAAAGUGACAUGUAAUUAAUGGAAGCCACUCAGAUGAAAUAUCUUAUCUAAUCUAGUGUGCCAUUCUAUUCUAACCUCAUUCAGCACUGUUAAGGAAUGUAAGCCAUCUUUUUAAAUGUUUGUCCACCAAUUAAGUUCCGAUUUUAUUUUUAAAGAUGUACCAGAAGACAUUAAAUGCGUAGUGACUGAAAGCUUGUGGAGCACCAAUAGAGAAUUUAAUGACAGACACAAAACAAAACAAGAACUUAGACAUAAUUUGUUGUGGACUGCAAAUAGCAGCCUUUUGGCAGACAGUCUUGUAAUCUGUAGCCUUCGAAACACUUAUGUACUGAUAUUAGUAUACAAAUUACUGUCAUAAAUAAUUUCCCGUAAAGGCCGAAACAUACUCUACGCAACAUCAACAGGUUAAGUUCUAUUGUGGUAUAAUGGAUAAUUCAAACAGACUGUUACAGGGUGCCGCUUGUUUACACAAUGCUGACUGGAGCACAGACUGAAUUGCUGAUUGCAGUCUAAUUUAGUAAAUGUGCAAGACAAUACUGCAAUUUCAAUUUUAACUCAAUCAUGCAGCCUUUAUUGAUAGCAUACCAAUGUCUCUGAAGUCAAAGUUGGCUGGUUUCAAAGCGUUUUGGAUGGUUUUACCUCAUCAUGUAUAGGUAAAUGCUGCUUUCACAACGUUCAUGUCUGUAACGACGGUUUUUCUUUAUUAAUGUGAGAAUGAUUAAAAAUGAAAUAUUACAUGUUAUUAGGAGUGCCAACCCUUCUACAUUCAUAAUUAUUUCUGGAUUGUGCAUUUGAAUUCACAGUUUUUACAAAGUGUGAUAAUUAAUUAUAAAUAAACCAUUGGUUAUUUAUAUUACCGUUUAAAACCAAUUUACCAAUGGUUUAAUUUGAGUCAAUAAUUGGCCGAUAAAUAUCGGCGGGCCGCUACAUCAGUGCAUCCCUAGAAGCAACCAUAUUGCCCUUGCUUUCCAACACCACUACAUUUGGCCAAAGACUUGGCAUAGGGUUUUAAUCUUUUCCACUGAAAAAUAUUGAUAUAUUGUAUAAAAAUAAUAUGCCUUUUUAAGGGACAUUCUACCUUUUAUUAAAAUCAGAUAUCAUGUUUACAUACAGUACAUGAUUGCCCUAUUGUCCAUUCAAUGACUGUUUAAGGGUAUGAGGGCCUGAAUAAAGGUUUUCAUUUUUGGAAAAAAGUCCACAGCAAGAUGAUUUGGUGUACAU